AAAACGAAACAAUCAAAAUCUCUCAUUCUCUCUAAAUUUUGUUUUUCGUAAAAGCAGGAGAAAUAGAAAAUGUCAAACUCGCAGUCGGAUUCGAGCGUUUUCAGCGUUCGAAUUGUGUCCAUCGAUCAUUACAUGGCACCGCCAAUUCCCGACUUCGAUAUUUGCUACAGUAGCUUUCAAGGUGGAAAAGUUAAUGAAGUUCCAGUUCUAAGAAUUUAUGGUUCGACACCGGCUGGUCAGAAGACUUGUUUGCAUAUUCAUAGAGCUUUGCCUUAUUUAUAUGUUCCAUUGGCGGAUUUGUUACCUCAGAGCACUCCUACACACCAGGAAGAUGAUGCAUGCACACAUGCCUUAGCUAUUGCCUUAGAAAAAGCCUUGAAGCUGAAAGGUGGUUCUGGUUCAAAACAGCAGCAUGUCCAUGGUUGCAGCCUUGUACGAGCAAAGAAAUUUUAUGGUUAUCAUUCAUCCGAAGAGCUAUUUGUGAAAAUUCACCUCUACCAUCCUCAUGACGUCUCGUCAUUGGUUAUGCUUUUUCAGGCAGGUGCUGUGUUGGAUAAAAUCUUACAGCCUCAUGAAUCACACAUUCCAUUUAUUCUCCAGUUUCUUGUGGAUUACAACUUAUAUGGAAUGGGUUAUCUUCAUUUAUUGAGAAUGAAGUUCCGUAAUCCCGUACCUGAUCUUUUCCAUCCAAGAAAAUUUAAUUGCCAUGGUCAACAUGGGCAGAAGAGGGAAGACUUCACAUUGGAUUCUAGUGGUUUUCAGGUAGGUUCAAGUUAUGAUGUGUGCGUAAGUUCUCCUAUUUGGAUAUCUUCCACAAUUCCAGGUGAAUGGAUGUGGCACACUUCAAAUGAACUUUAUGCGCCGUCAUACCAAGAUUGCAUUGUUAAACGUCAGAGUAUAUGUGAACUUGAGGGAGAUACUACUAUAGAUGACAUUCUUAACCACCAAUUCAAAAUAUAUACAUCUCUAUCACAGACCUCAUCCGAUGUGAAAAUGGUUCAGUCACUUAUUCCAAUUUGGGAGGAGGAGUAUAAAAGAACAGGGAUGCAUGAGACAGCUCUACUAUCAGACCUUGACAAACCACUUCCUGAAGAUGUUUUAAAAGCUCUCUCACUUGGUCUUGGAUUUGACGACAAACUAAUGGACCUGUGCUGCAAAGUUGAAGAACAUUUGCCUCACAAUGACUUGGGAUUUGAGCACCCAGUCCUGCCUGCAGCCAAUGAGCAAAAUUUAGUCGGAUAUACACAUAUCAGUUCGAAGCAAGCUCUAAGUUGUUUGAAAGAACCCAACUUGCUAGGAUCUCUGUCUCAACACUGUAAGCCACGGGAAAAGGAGAUGGCUGCUGCAUUAUCUGAAGGCAAAGAUGUCUGUCCUGUACUAUUGUCUGUUGGUGGAGUACAAUCAUCAGAAACAGUGCUACCCUCUGACCCCAAGGCUACAGAUACAGAAGUUUUGGGACUUUUGAGGUGGCUUGCCGCUUCUCAUGCUGCUGAAGAUAUAAACUCAGAUGAUGAGCUUGUUCGUGAGUCAAUUCUGACUCCUCUGCUACCUGCAACAACCAUUGAUAAGGUGUUAGAGAAAGCCAGUAUCGAUUAUGAGAGUGAAUCACAGAAAGAAUGUCAGGAUAUUCUUGAUUCGGUUGAGGAUUUAAUCAGUUUUGAGGAUCUGAAGGAAAGAACUUAUCAUUCUUUUGAUCCUACCCAAGUCUCAUCUGGCAAAAAUAUCCCCCAAACAGAUGGGUCCAGCGAUGAUCUAUCUCUAUCUCCUUCUGCAGGAUCAGUUUCAAAUGCCUCAAAAAGAGACAUAAAAGCUGAACAUAAGAAGUCUUCCCAGGAUGGUGGUAAAACAUUUAGUAAUAAGCAAAAAAGGAAAAAUUCUUUAUGGGGCUCUUUACCUCUUUCCGUGACAGAGAAGGAGCAGGGCAGCUUGGAUAGUGUUGAUCUCAACAUUACUGAAACAUGUGCAGAUGAAAUUAAAGAAUAUUUAGGCACAAGUUUCUCAGCUGAAAAUAAUUUUGGGAAAACUUCCAAUCCUUUAAAUAUAAAUUUACAGGCUAAUGACUGCAAUAAACAAGAAGCAAGCACGUUGGUUGAAUGCUCUGUGCGGGACUUGAUGAAAAAGAGAAGUCGCCGAACUGAUCCCGCUGAUUGUGGAUCUGUUAGGAGCAAGAAUGUUUAUCCGACUAGGAAAAAGGAAGCACCUAUUUUCAUUUGCCCAAAACAAUUAGAUUUUCAUGAGGUACAUGAUGACCUUGACAAGAAGGCCCCUAGUUCUCUCAACCAUAGACCAUCAUUUACCAAUAAACAAGAAGAACUUGCCCAUUCUAAUUCGACAUAUUGUAUUCUACCCCAAUUUUCUGACGUUUAUAAUCCAUCAGAGGCUAGCACAGACCAUCUUGAACAUAAGGGAAAGAUGUCAGCAGUGAAGCUACCUGAGAAGUGUGACUCGGCAAUUUCUAUUGGCCCUUGUGAAACCUAUAAUGAUAAAAAGUUCGACUUUCAAGCAACUGCUGCAGAACCCAUAAUUUCUAAUGCUUAUGCUUCAGAAUCCCAUACAGAAAUAGUUUCUCCUGAUGAGAGAAUGCAGCAAACAGGGGUUAGUGGAUCUUGGUGUUUCUCUGCUUCAUGUAAGUAUGAAGUGCUAGGAAUGGAUAGUUACAUUCUCAAAGAUUACAACGCAAGUGGAACUUCCUUAUCUGCUGACAAACUUGUGCUCGUGGAUGCAGUGAUUGACAAAAGCGAUCUGCACAAUGAAGAUUGUGGUGGUGGACAACAUGGUCGCAAUACUGGCUUGGUUGUUGGCAGUGAGGAAAAAACUGUGGAGUUAAUUGGCAUGACCUUCUGCAAGAGACUCCUGCCAGCAGAUUGGAAUGAAGGAGCAACUGGAAAUGUUCCACCUUUUAGAGAGGGAAAUUAUCAUGUAACAUCAGGGAGAACUAUGGAUGAGAUUCUCCCUUUUUUUUCACAGGACAGAGAAGAAGAUAAGGAAAAUCAGAACAAUUUCGUUGGAAAUAACAGCUGUAAAUCUCAGGAAGCUGCCUUGGGUGUCCCUACUCACUAUCAAAAUGAUGGGUCUUUAUUGUACCAGUUAACGCCUGUAUUCUCACCCCCUUCUGUGGAUUCUGUGUAUGGAUGGAUGUCAUGUGUUGACAAAGGAACUUCUAAACAGAGUAAUGAACUAUCAGCAGAGUCUCCAACUUUAACAGGCAGUUCUAAGUGUCUGGUUGCCUCAGAAAACUCAUCACCUGUUAACCAUAAGGAGUCUUUGACUGAAACUACUUCUAAAUAUCACAUGGAAUCAGUGUCGGAUCAAGGUCUUCCAGAGAAGAAUUUGGUCCUUGGUUCAGAUGUGAACUCUUGCUGCGAUGAAUCAAAAUGUCAAAGUGAAGGGAAAAUUACAAACAUAAAUACAUGCACCGCUGGCUCACAAGAUAUGUCUCAGAUUUCAGGUCCAGAUGGAAAAUCCAUGCCUACUCCGCUAAGCCAAAUUGGAUUCCGAGAUCCUGCAAGUGUCGGUGCUGGGCAGCAGCUUACAUUGUUAAGCUUGGAGGUUCACACAGAAUCUAGAGGAGAUCUCCGGCCUGAUCGAUUUGAUGCUGUCAAUGUCAUAGCUCUUGCAAUUCAGAAUGACUAUGAUUAUGUGACUGAAGUUUAUGUGCUUUUGUAUAGCAACGCUGGAUUAUGUCAGAGUCGUGAUGGGAUAUCUGGGUUUAAAGUGUUUAUUUUCGAUGAGGAGAAACACUUAUUUGGUCAGUUUAUGGACAUUUUAUGUUCUCUUGAUCCUGAUAUUUUAAUGGGUUGGGAUAUACAAGGUUGUUCUCUUGGUUUUCUAGCUGAAAGAGCUUCAUAUCUAGGCAUAAGAUUGCUGAAUAAAAUAUCAAGGACACCAUCUGAAACCAAGAUAAAAGCUGAAGAAAUUAACACUUCUGAAAAGGGUUUAGAAGAUGAAUUGCUUCUUCACCCAUUGGUUGCUGAUAUUGUUGUGACUGAAGAUGCAAUAAUAGAGGAUGAAUGGGGCCGAACUCAUGCAAGUGGUGUCCAUGUUGGUGGUAGAAUUGUCCUUAAUGUCUGGCGGUUAAUGCGUAGUGAAGUUACUCUUAAUAUGUAUACAGCUGAAGCUGUAGCUGAAUCUGUUUUGAGGCGAAAAAUUCCAGCAAUCCCUUGUAAAGUAUAAAAAUGGUAUUCAAGUGGUCGUGCACAAGCAAGGUACAGAUGUGUCCAAUAUGUGGUUGAAAGGGCAAAGUUGAAUUUGGAGAUAAUGAAUCAACUUGAUAUGAUAAAUCGAACAUCAGAACUUGCUCGUGUUUUUGGUAUCGAUUUCUUUUCUGUUCUUUCUAGAGGUUCACAGUUUCGUGUUGAAUCCAUGUUUCUGAGGUUGGCACAUACGCAGAAUUAUCUUGCUAUUUCUCCUGGAAACCAACAGGUUGCUCAUCAACCAGCAAUGGAGUGUUUGCCUCUUGUGAUGGAACCUGAAUCCGGCUUCUAUGCUGAUCCAGUUGUUGUGUUGGACUUUCAGUCUCUUUAUCCAUCCAUGAUAAUUGCUUACAACCUUUGCUUUUGCACAUGCCUUGGAAAAAUUGCAAAUUCUGAAGUAAAUACUCUUGGGGUUAAUUCAUAUGCACCAGAUCCAAAUGUUUUGCGGGAUUUGAAAGACCAAUUGCUGCUUACUCCAAAUGGUGUUAUGUAUGUCCCUUCAAAGGUACGCAAAGGAGUUCUGCCUCGCUUAUUGGAGGAAAUAUUAUCAACCAGAAUAAUGGUGAAACAAGCAAUGAAGAAUUUGACUCCUACACAGCAAGUUCUUCAGAGGAUAUUCAAUGCGAGACAGCUUGCUUUGAAGCUGAUAGCAAAUGUGACAUACGGUUAUACUGCUGCUGGUUUUAGUGGUCGCAUGCCUUGUGCUGAGCUUGCAGACAGUAUUGUUCAAUGUGGUCGUAGCACGCUUGAAAAAGCUAUUUCCUAUGUAAAUGCACAUGAAAAGUGGAAGGCUAAUGUUAUAUAUGGUGAUACUGACAGCAUGUUUGUCCUCCUUGAGGGACGCAACGUUGAGGAAUCAUUCAAAAUAGGGCGUGAGAUUGCAACUGCAAUAACAGCAAUGAACCCAUAUCCAGUUACACUGAAAAUGGAGAAAGUCUAUCACCCAUGUUUUCUUCUUACUAAGAAGCGUUAUGUUGGCUAUAGUUAUGUGAGCUCUGACCAAGCAAAACCUAUUUUUGAUGCUAAAGGCACUGAGACAGUUCGCAGAGAUUCUUGUGGUGCUGUUGCCAAGACACUGGAACAGUCAUUGAGACUGUUUUUCGAACAUCAAGAUAUAUCAAAGGUUAGAGCAUACUUGCAUCGUCAAUGGACAAGGAUUUUGUCCGGUAGGGUUUCUCUUCAAGAUUUUGUUUUUGCAAAAGAAGUUCGCUUAGGAACCUACAGUACAAAAGUAGGUUCUGUACCACCAGCAGCAAUUGUGGCAACUAAAGCAAUGAGAACAGAUCCCAGGGCAGAACCACGCUAUGCAGAGCGAGUACCCUAUGUUGUUAUCCAUGGGGAGCCUGGGGCUCGCCUGGUUGACAUGGUGGUGGAUCCAUUGGAACUUCUAGCAAUUAACUCCCCUUACAGAUUAAAUGAUUUGUAUUACAUCAACAAACAGAUAAUCCCAGCAUUGCAGAGUUUUGGGCUCGUUGGUGCUGACUUGAAUAGGUGGUUUUUAGAAAUGCCACGCCCAGCUAGGGAAGCUUUCGGUAAAUGUGGUGUACAUGCUCUAAACCCCCAGCGUAUGAGAAUUGAUCACUAUUAUCUUUCAAAACACUGUAUGCUGUGUGGUGAGUUGGUCCAAUUAUCAGCCCAUCUGUGCAGUAAAUGUUCACAAAACGAAACAGCAGCUGCAGCUGCUAUAACUGGGAGGACAUCAAAACUAGAGGGAGAAAUGCAACACCUUGCUGCGAUAUGUCGACACUGUGGAGGAGGGGACUGGGUUGUGGAGAGUGUGAAGUGCAAUUCACUCGUGUGCUCGGUUUUCUACGAGAGGCGUAAAGUUCAGAAGGAACUUCAAGGUCUGUCUGCCGUUGCCGCUGAUAAAGGUUUCUAUCCCAAGUGUAUUGUCGAGUGGUUUUAAACGUGGUUCUUCAUACUUGAACUCAACAAGGUCAGGCUUCUCUAACAUGUUUUAAGGUCUCAAAUAGUCGACUCUUUUGCAUGUACACAGUAAUUGUGUUUUUAAGUUAACGUUAUAUUUGUAAUUAUUGUAUUUUUUAAUCCUCCAAUAAAAGUACAUCUUUUUUCUU